GUGAUCCCCACUCUCUGUGCCCUCUCCAUCACACACCGGGAGCUCACUCACAGGACACCACCACGCUUCUCCAAUGUGAAUUGCGAGCCAUUCAUUCACUCGUUCACGUUUUUAUCGCCUUCUUCUUCUUCUUCUUCACAAUAAUCUCUAUAUACAAUGAUUACAAUCACAAAAUUAGCCAAAAACCGAUAAUUAAUCUAGACUGAACCCUGCUAUUUCCGAGCUAAGCUGCCAAAAUGGCGAUGGCGGCAACGAUUUCGUUUACUUCCUCACCGACACCAAUCUCCGUACGCUACUUGACGCGGGCCUCCGCAACGACGUCACAGAAGCGGGGGCGCGUGGUGGGCAACAUGGGGCACUUGGCUGAGGUGGUUCGCAAGGACGUGGAGUUUCUGAAGAAGGGAGUCAGCAGAGGAGUGGAGUGGGCGAACGAGGCUCUCCACAUCCCUAGGGUUUCUAAAACCAUAGACGACCUAUUGUGGCUCCGGAACCUCGAAGAACCCAACGCCCCUCCGUUGGAGCCUCGUUCGUGGCCUCAACCUUGCUAUCCAGAACUGUCUAGUGUGGAUUUGUUGAUGGCUGAUCUCAAGGCCUUGGAGGCGUAUGCUGGUUAUUUCUACUAUCUGUCUAAGAUUUGGUCUAAGCCACUUCCUGAAGUCUAUGAUCCACAAGAUGUUGCUGACUAUUUCAAUUGCAGGCCUCACGUAGUGGCCCUUCGACUUAUUGAGGUAUUUUCCUCCUUUGCAUCUGCUGCAGUCAGAAUUCGAAGCUCUGGUAUCAGAAAGUUCUUAAGACUGAGUUCAGUUAAGGAUAUUGAUGGGAGUGUAUCACAAUACAAUUUUGGUAUGGUGUUAAAAGAGACAAUGCUAAGCCUUGGUCCUACCUUUAUCAAAGUUGGUCAGUCCCUUGCCACAAGGCCAGAUAUUAUUGGUACUGAGAUUUCCAAGGCAUUGUCUGAGCUGCAUGAUCAAAUACCUCCUUUUCCCAGGACCGUGGCUAUGAAAAUUAUUGAGGAAGAAUUAGGUUCUCCUGUGGAAUCAUUCUUUUGCUACAUCUCUAAUGAACCUGUAGCUGCAGCAUCGUUUGGUCAGGUCUACCGCGGGAAUACUAUUGAUGGUUUUAGUGUUGCAGUGAAAGUUCAGCGUCCUAAUUUGCGUCAUCUGGUUGUGCGGGAUGUCUAUAUUCUUCGCCUUGGGCUGUGGGUAUUGCAAAAAAUAGCAAAGAGAAAAAGUGACCUUCGCCUAUAUGCCGAUGAGCUUGGGAAAGGUUUAGUUGGGGAAUUGGAUUACACUUUGGAGGCUGCAAAUGCUUCAGAGUUUAUGGAAGCUCAUUUGCCCUUUCCAUUUAUUCGUGUGCCAAAAAUGUUUGUGCAUUUAACUCGAAAGAGAGUUCUGACUAUGGAGUGGAUCGCUGGUGAAAGUCCAACUGAUUUACUUUCUGUAUCUACUGGAAACUCUGUUGAUCAUGGCUCUCCUUAUUCAGGGAGGCAGAAAUUUGAUGCAAAAAGGCGUCUUCUUGAUCUGGUUAACAAAGGAGUGGAGGCAUCAUUGGUUCAACUCCUUGAAACAGGCCUAUUGCAUGCUGAUCCACAUUCAGGAAACUUGCGGUACACAUCCUCAGGUCAAAUAGGGUUUCUGGAUUUUGGUUUGCUUUGUCGGAUGGAAAAGAAGCAUCAGUUUGCUAUGCUUGCAUCCAUAGUGCACAUAGUAAACGGGGAUUGGGCAUCCCUUGUUCAUGCCCUGAUUGAAAUGGAUGUUGUAAGGCCAGGGACUAACAUCCGGCGAGUGACAAUGGAUCUGGAAUAUGCCUUGGGAGAAGUAGAAUUUAAAGAUGGAAUUCCCGAUAUCAAGUUCAGCAGGGUUCUGGGUAAAAUCUUGUCUGUAGCCUUCAAAAAUCAGUUGCGCAUGCCACCAUACUACACACUUGUCCUACGUUCUCUUGCUUCCUUGGAAGGUCUGGCAGUAGCUGCAGAUAAAAAUUUUAAGACAUUUGAAGCUGCAUACCCUUAUGUUGUUCAGAAACUUCUCACUGAUAAUUCAGCAGCUACAAGGAAGAUUUUACACUCGGUGAUUUUAAAUAAAAAGAAGGAGUUCCGGUGGCAGAGGCUUGCUCUUUUCUUAAGAGUAGGUGCAACUAGGAAACGCUUGCCCAAGGUGACUUCAUCCACCAGUGAAGCUUCCCUUGAUUAUGUACCAAAUAGGGCUACUGGUGUUUUUGAUGUUGCAAACUUGAUCUUGAGGCUUCUACCAUCCAAAGAUGGUGUUGUGCUGAGAAGGCUCUUAAUGACUGCAGAUGGAGCUUCACUAAUCCAAGCAAUGGUUUCCAAGGAGGCAAAAUUCUUCCGCCAGCAACUCUGCACGGUCAUUGCUGAUAUAUUGUACCAAUGGAUGUGUGAAGCGCUCGGACAAGACAAUACAAUAACCCAGUCUAGUUCUCGGGUGAGAUUUGUGAGCGGACCUGACAACAGAGAGCUAGGUUCAUCUUCCAGAUUAUCCACACCCAUAUGUGAUUAUAAUUCCAUCUUGAGGGAUCGGCGGCUCAAAAUGAUCUUUUUGAAAGCUCUAAACUCUACGAGGAGACGUCCAAUAUUGUUUGUGAGGCUCUGCUGGGCUUCCUUUGUAAUGUUUGUCACAGCUUCUGCUUUGGCUUGUCAUCGGAUUCUAGUCUCUCUGUCCGAGACCUACAUCGGCCGAGUACCAGUUGCUCCCAAGCAAUUUGCUUUCAGUGCAUGAUAUUUCAUUGAACCCUUUGGGGAAUGCCUCUUUUGAAGAAGACUGAAAGCAGAUAUCAUCACCAGGAGUACAUAUUUGAGCCGUCCAGUAAUUUCAGAGUGCCUCUUUUGAAGAAGAUUGAAUGCAGACAGUAUCGCCCGGUGCACAUCUUUGACCCAUCUAGGAAUUUUACGAUAUAAUGAUGAUUAGAGCCACUUUUGGGAAAGAAGGCUGACAAGUAUAUAUGGUGCGAGUCACACUGAUAUCUUCCUUACAACUUGUUCUCAGAUCCAAUGCGAGGACCGAUACUUUGCGUGUAUUGGCAAUGGGAAGGAAUACACAUGGUGAGAUUUGUAGAUGGUUGCAAGCAAUAGCUUUAACAUGGUCAGAAGAUAUCCAGGUUGGAUGCAGAAAGACGCCAAGAGCCCAUGAAUGUGUAAAAAGAUAUCAAAUUGAUGUUUUGAGAAGAAAGUUGUAUACAAAUCGAUGUCAUGCGUCAAAAGAUAUCAAGUCAUUGGUGUAAUGACAAUUAUUGACAGAUCUUGUAUGGGAAACUUGUUAUGCUAGCAUUUAUUUUAUGAAGUGAUAAAAACUGAUAUCGAACA